UUAUAACUUGUGUUUUUCAGAUAAACUAAUUUUUGCUAAGGUGUUUGUUUUGUGUCCCACUGUCCCUUAACCAGAACCAUGGUGAAGGAGGAAAAUGCCCCAUCGAGCAUCGAGGUUGUUAUUGUUGUGGAGGCAACUUCAAACAUGGUCAGUCACUGGGAUUUACUUAAAAAACAAUAUAUCUUGCCAGCUGUCAAUCAUUUUCACCAACAAACCAACACCAGUGAUGAACUUUUUACAAGCGCCAAUGGCAACCGAUACGGACUGGUAUUGUUUCAUGCCGCUGAUGUAGUACCUCAAUCCUUAAGCCAAUGUUUUCCUCCAACAAGGAAUGUCCACACAUUCAUUAAGACAUUGGAUGCCAUAAAAUUUGGUGGUGGAGGUGGUGAGCAGUACAGUCAUAUUAAUGAAGGACUGGCAACUUCUCUUCAACUUUUUAAUGAGUUCUCAGGCACCCAAAGUGACCCCCAAGUAACUAAACUAUGUUUCAUUGUGUCAAAUACUCCGCCAUACCAACUGCCAUGCGUUGAAAGUUUUGAGUAUGCUGGUUUGACUCUGAAUCAAAUUACAGACAAACUGAGUGAGAAUGGGGUGAGCAUUUCCGUAAUAUCACCAAGAAAUAUUGUUGAGCUGCAACAGGUAUUUUUACGCGGCAACAGCAAUCAACCUUCACUGAUGAAUUACGCUCAAGACAGAAGACAUCUCGUGCUCAUUUCUGGUUUCCGACUUCCCACAGAAAGAGAGCGAGUUCCUGUAACAGAAAUUGUUCCUGAAAACAUAGUCAGUGUAAAAAAAGAAGACACAAUGAUGGAAGUAUCAAGUCCUGUGGUGGACGGGUCAAGUGAUCUUCAAAUAAAUCAACCAGAAGCUCCUGUUAUACCUAAUACAAGUCUGCCCACCGAAUCAUCCCAGUUUAACACAUCUUCCAUGCAACCUAUUACAGUGUCAGACACUAUGACGAAAACCUCGGCUGUUGCAACACAAAACAUACAACCCCAGCAAAUAUCUCAAACACCAAGUAGCAUGAUGCAACCAAUGCUGACUACGGCAUCAACAUCUUCGGUAACAAAUCCAAUAAGAAAUAUUGCUUCAGGCGAUUCUUUGUCACAGAUUAGUUCACAACCAAGCUUCCAAAGUGUUGUCCCUCAACCCAGUAUUAACACAUUUCCCAGCACAUCUGGUAACACCGAUCCCAACCCCAGCUCCACUGCUGAUUCUCCUUACGCUGCAGCGAAGAAAGAAGCCCAGCGUGUUGUGCAAAUAGCCCAAAAAGGUUCAGCACCAAAGAUUAUAUGGAAUGGGGCACUUGAAUGGAAACAAACCAGGCGACAACCAGGUACUGCUCAAGGGCAAGCUGUCCCUCGUAUAGUUCAUACUGUUCGCUGUCAAAUAAUUCAGCAGCAAAGUAAUCCAACCCCAGAAAUUGAUACAAAUGGCUGGCCCCAAAAGUUGAUGGUGCAAUUUAUUCCACAGAGCUUUUUGUCGCAUCAAGCUGUACAUAUGCAGUUACAGCCACGUUUGUAUCGUACAGUAAACUUCAACUUGUCUCCUCCCAAUGUUGCACAACAGCUAAUGAUGCAACUGCAGAAAAAUGUUGUUGGAUUCAUUACUAUCACUAACACACAAAAGCCGUCAGAAAUGAAAGACGUUAUUCUAAUGUUUUUCAAAAACAAAGACAAUAAAAAGCAGUUUAUUGGACUCAUUCCACCUGAUCCAAACGCACUGAUGACUGCUAUUAAAGCCAGUAUUAGCGCUGUAAGGGAAAGAUCACAAAAUCAAACAGCAGCUUCAGAAACAGGCACAGUACACAGCAUGAACACCAUGACACCUGCCACGAGUUCCAAUCUAGAAAUACAAGGGCAACCUAAUGCCCUACCUGGAACAACCAAUCAACAACUUUCUAUGCAACAAAACUUUAACAGAGUGCAACCUCAGCAACAAAAGCCAAAUACUGGAAGCAUCCAGUUUCAACAACCUCGGCCCCAAUAUCAUGUACAGCAGAAUAUAUCACAAGGAAUGCAAAUGUCAAUGGCUAACCCAGUGUCUCGCUUAAAUCAACCUAUCCAGCAAGGACAUAGGAUGUCCGGCAUGACUAUUUCUCCAACACAACAAAACCAGCAGCAGCGUAUAACAGUGAGACAAAAAGGAAUACUUAUGAGAAAUCAUAUGCAGGAUCCAAGCAUGUUAGCUGGUGGUACAAGGAACACUGUAAAUGCAACAUUGCCCAACCAAAUUAGUGGCAACUUGCCUCCUGGAAAUGCUGGCACAUCUAUGAUGACGAACCAAAGAGUUAUGCCACCUGGAGGUGGUGGUUUGAACAUUCCAAACAAACCGAAUGUGGUUCGUAUGCAAAUGCACAACAUGCGUAAUAUUAACAUGGGAGGUGGUGGCAUGCAUGAACAAACACAGCUCAGACAUUUGUUAAGAAAUGACAACACUCAGCAAGCUGGUGGGCUUAAUAUAAGAACAGGAGAUAACACGGCCAUGCAGCAACCUGCACAAAGUAAUUUACCAGUUCAGCAACAACAGACAUACAUGCAAAGACCAAACCUAAUGCCUGGCAUGCAAAAUAAUCAAAACAAUCAAAGAAGGUAUUGAGUGUUUGUUCCAAGAUCGUAAUAAUGCUAUUUUCUAUUAUUUACACUUUGUUUUUUAAUUAAUGAUAAAAGAUUAUGUGUUUAUAAAGUUUUACUGAUAUAUAUCAAGAUAAAACUUGAACAGAUGUUACAGAGAACUUUUUGUUUUGUUGCAAUCAUGCUUUAUUUUUUCUUUUUGUCUCUUCGAAUCAACGAUGGUCAACAAAUGAAAUAUGUUUAAUUAUGUUUAAAACUUGUAAUAAAAUUACCCAUCUUA